GCAACCAAACUCUUCCCCUUAUAUAAUUCCCCCACACUCCAUUCUUCCACUCAAAUUCUUCUUCUUUCUCCUUCCAAACUUUGAAUUCCUCUCACAAACCCGACCACUGCUACUCUCAAAUGGCUUCUUUUGAGGAAUCUUCAACCUUAGACCUCAUCAGGCAACAUCUCCUUAAUGAUUUUACCUCCAUGGAGAGCUUCGUCUCCAAUCUCAAUCUCUGUUCCUCCGACAUCCCCCAAAACCAGCCCACCCAGAUUUCGGACCUCAAAAAUGGUGAAAUCUUUGAUUACUUGCUACCAAAAGAAGAACCCAUCACCAGUUCUUCCAAUUCUUCCGAGCAAACCAAACCUACAACCACCCACUCAACGUCCCCGAGACCUUCCAACUUAAGCCACCGCCGACCGUCCAUAAACGUUGCAAUACCUUCAACAAAAACAACCUUUUGCACAAAUUCACAGCCGGCGCCCAUGUUGGCAGCAACUACAAAUACUAGCCUUAACGUUUCGGACGAUUCUGCCGAGAGUAAGCAUUACAGGGGCGUCCGGAGAAGGCCGUGGGGGAAGUUCGCGGCGGAGAUACGCGACCCCAACAAGAAAGGCACGCGGGUGUGGCUCGGAACCUUCGAUACCGCCAUAGAAGCAGCUAAAGCUUACGACCGAGCUGCGUUCAAGCUGCGUGGAAGCAAAGCCAUACUGAAUUUUCCUCUUGAGGCUGCUGGGAACUCUCUGGAUUAUGAAGCUCCUGCAGUGAGCACUGUUGGUAGGAAAAGAAGCAGAGAGAUUGAGAAUGAGAAUGAAGAGAGGAAAACUGUGGAGCGUAAGGUGUUGAAGGAGGAGCCAGUGGAAGCAGAUCAGAUCCAGAAGGUUAUGGCGUCGGAGACUGCUUUACCGCCGGCGGCGGCGGUUGUUCCGUUAACGCCGUCAAGUUGGAAAGGGGUAUGGGAUUGUGAUGUUAAUGGAAUUUUCAGUGUGCCUCCCUUAUCGCCGUUAUCUCCGUUCGGGUAUUCUCAGCUUAUCGUUAUAUGAGAGACAGAGUAUACCUCAGCAGCUCAGCCGUUAGGGGUAUGACGGAGUUUACUAAAUUCGGAAACCGAACCAGAAAUCAUUAAAAAAAAAUAUAUAUCUAUAUAUAGUAGCGUGGUGUACUAAAUGUAAAUACUAGAGAUCAAGGUUGCUUGGGAUAUUGUGAUGUUGAAUUUGUUUAUUCAUUAAUCUCUUUUAUUUAUAUAAUGAAAUGCUUAAUUUUCCUCA